GUAAAUCCAUUGCUUGAAGCUUUUGGCAAUGCCCAGACUGUAAUGAAUGACAACAGCAGCCGCUUUGGAAAAUACAUACAGCUGCGUUUCCAGAAUAAUACAGUGCGAGGUGCAAAGCUGAGUGAGUACCUGUUAGAGAAGUCACGGGUAGUGCAACAAGACACCGGGGAAAGGAAUUUCCAUAUCUUCUACUACAUGUUUGCUGGACUCUCUUUGGAGAAAAAGGAGAUGUAUGGGCUAUUGGAUCCUUCACUCUACAGGUACAUAAGUGGACGCUUUGGUACACAGGAUGUAGCUCAGCGCUGGAAGCACAAAUACCAAGAGGUGUGCAAUGCCCUUGACAUGGUGGGCUUCCAAGAACAGGAGCAAGUGGACAUGCAGGCUAUCUUGGCUGGUGUGUUGUCUCUGGGCAACGUGACCUUUGAGCCUGAGGAGAGCAAUGGGUCUGUAAAAGUGAGCGAAGCCUCCCGGGGAUGGCUGAAGGCUGCAGCGGGUCAGUUUGGGGUCCAGGAAGAUGAACUGUUAAAAUGCCUUAUUUGUACGAUGUCAGUGACCCGAGGUGAGCAGAUUCAGCGUUUUCACACCCAGCAGCAAGCAGAAGAUGCUCGGGACUCCAUUGCAAAGGUGGCGUAUGGCCGAGUGUUUGGCUGGAUCGUUUGCAAGAUCAAUGAGCUGCUGGCUGAGAAUGUGGAUCCUGAGGUGGAACUGAGGGAGAUAGGUAUCUUGGAUAUUUUUGGGUUUGAAAACUUUGCAGUGAAUCGUUUUGAACAGCUUUGCAUAAACUUGGCCAAUGAGCAGCUGCAGCAUUUCUUCAACUGUCACAUUUUCCAGCUGGAGCAGGCUGCCUAUAAGGAAGAAGAGCUGCCUUGGGAGCCUGUCACUUUCAACAAUAAUGAACCUAUUCUGAAUCUGCUUCUGGCCAAGCCACUUGGGCUCCUGUCUCUUCUGGAUGAGCAGAGUGCAUUCCCUCAGGCAACUGAUAAGACGUUUGUGGAUAAACUAAAUAGCAGCUUCAAGGGGAAUUUACACUUCCAGCCAGGCCGAGGCCAUGUUUUGGGCUUCAGCAUCAUUCACUAUGCUGGAAAAGUACAAUAUACUGCUGGGGGCUUUCUAGAGAAGAAUAGAGACACCUUGCCAGCCAACAUCCGUGGGCUCUUCAUCAACAGCAUCACCCCCUUGCUCAGUGUGCUGUUCACAGCCACUAUCUCCAGGACGGGGACUCUGAUGCCUCAUGUCAAAGCCAAGGUCAUACCAGCAGUAGAUGACAAGUUCAACAGCACACGAAAACAGUCUGCUGGAGCUCAGUUCCGGCACUCCCUGAUGGUGCUCAUGGAGAAGAUGUAUUCUGCCAACCCACACUUUGUGCGCUGUAUAAAGCCCAACAGCCAGAAGGAGCCAGGUGUGGUGGACAGCCAGGUGGUGCUGCAGCAGCUCCGGUACAAUGGACUGCUAGAGACAAUCCGUAUCCGAAGAGAUGGUUUUUCCUGGAGACCUUCAUUUGAGGAAUUUGCUGAAAGAAAGUCACGACUUUUCUUUAAAUAUUGGCACCAGGAACAGCUGGCGAAGUACGUGGAGCGACUGGAAAGAGCAGCAGUUGUCAUACAGAAAGUUUUCAGGGGAUUCAGAUGCAAGAAGAGUUACCUAAAACUGGUGGCUGAGCUGAGAGCUCAGGCGCAGCGGCUGCAGGAGGAGGCAGAGAGAGAAAGAAGCCAACAGCUGGCGGUGGAAGCAGAGGCCCAGAAAAGAAUCUCCCUUCCAGUCCCCAUGCCACGAAAGAGGCGCCCUCAGCCUGGUCCCCAUCCUCCUGAUAAGCCACCACAGCCACCAGUGCCACGGCCACGCAGCAAACUAACAGAGUCCACUCCUUUUGAUAAUUUCCUGGACCCUUCUGCACCUCGACCUGUUCUGAGGACAGAGGAACAGACUGGAGAAGAAGCAAAAAUGAGGAAACUCAAGAGAGGAGCAACUCUCCGCUGGUUCAAAGAGACGCAGGCCCAGAAGGUCAUGCAGGAUGAUGGGGCCUUUCCUAGCUGGCUGCAUGGGAUGAUCAGCCGGAGGGAAGCUGAAAACUUGCUGAUUGACAAGCCUUUGGGUUGCUUCCUUGUUCGGAUCAGCCAGAGCCGACCGGGCUACACCUUGACAUACAGGGGUGAAGGCCGCUGCAGACACUACAUGAUCGAGAUGCAGCCCAAUGCACGCUAUGUCAUCCUGGGGGAAGACCGGGCUCACGCCUCGCUCACUGAACUGGUUCGGUAUCACCAGGCUGUGGGCAUCCAGCCCUUCAUGGAGAUCCUGACUGUUCCCUGUGGGCAG